UCAAUUGGAAUCAGAUCUGUUUUUUCGAGAAUCUAUAAUCCCAGAAUCGUUAAGCGUUUUUUCUAAACUCCUCAAGAAUGGUCUAAGGCGAACCCUUGAUGGAAAACUGUGUAUGUGCUAUAUUUCCGGUGACAGGAAAUGGGCGUUGGAUUUGCUCCCCAAGGAGUCUAGAGUGAAAUAAAAAAAAAAUCUAUAUCCAAUUACAGAAAUAUAUGAUCCCAAAAAAACCAAUAAGACAGGCCUUUGGGUAAGGACACUUUGGCGAAAAAUUCUUUGCUUGCAUGGGAGUGUUCCUACCAUACGAAAAAACAACAAAGAAGGAAAAAUCGAAUCCAAAGCUGGACAAGAAAAAGUUCUUUACAGGACGACAAAGAAAUUUUGCACACGCACACCCUUACGCACGCAUUCACAUACAACCGAGCACACACACACGACCAUACAUACCCUGUACCACCAGCCACCAUCACUGGUCUAGUAGAGCAGAAGUGUCCUCUCAAUAGCAGCAGUCGCGUUAAGCCAUGUCGUCGCGGAUCGAAACGCGGUCCUCGUCGCGGGUGGUGUACAUAGAGAAAAACGAAUUUGAGUUCAAAAAGUAAACGCAAUCAAUUACAAACACAAUACACAACCAAAUAAAGUGUACUCCUUCUUGUUGUCGCCGCUGUCCUCGCAUACUCACUCACACCAACAACCCUGCAUUCGCGAGCCAUAAGGCACAGAACUCAGUUGAAAUCGCCGUAGUCUACACCGCGCCGAGCGAGAAACAAAAACAAAACGAAAUAUAGUGAAUAGAAAAACCCCAACAAAACAACAUCAACAUCGUACAACGAAAAUUGCGGAAUGUCAAACAAAAUUGAGAAAGUACUACUACCAACGAUAUAUGUACUUCGACAAGAACGAAGAAGAGCAAGCGAAGGAAAAUAACAACAAACCCCCAAAAACCAGAGCCACAUAUCUUCUCCCCCCCAGUAUCGCUCAGUUGGGAACCAGAAAUAGAAUCAAAUAUACCUCUCUGCCCGCUUCUCACUCUCUCUCUCGCUCUCGCUCUCUGGGCUGAGCAAAAUGUCCUAGUACAAGUGCAAUACAAGAAACACAUUUUAAGAGUGAGAUACAUAUUUGGACAACAAGAGCCCUCCACGUCCUUAUUGCCUAUGUAUAGUGAGGCGAAUUGAAAGAGAGUGAGAGAUAAGCUUUUGGGCAAGGGUGUUUGUGUAGGUAAAAAAAACACCAUCCUUUAACGAGUGUGAGUGCAUGUGUUUUCGUGAAGUGAAAAACAGCCCCAAAAAUAGCAGCAGUGUUGCCUUUUUGCAUGAAAGAUAUUCUACAAAAUUUAAAAAGUUAACCACAGUAUACGAUCCCAUACGGCAUUACGCAUAAUAUUGUGAUAAUAACUCUGCUAAAAGAGAUACGAAAUGUCCAAGUCGAACGCCGAUUUUAGUGCGUUCGACUUUAAUGAUAGCUCUGAUAAUUCCGAUGUCGAAACACGCGGUCCAUUUCUAAGUCGAGUGGCGCUAAACAAUAGUGCGUCGAAGAACAACAGCAACAUUGGCCACACCAAUGGGAAUGGCAAAAGCAACAAUAACAUCAACAACAACAAUAAUAACAACCACAACAACUCUGGCCCAAAUAGCAAUUUACGCAAUAUCGCUUCCGCCACCACUUCUAUCACCGCCACCAACACCAGCGACAGUAUCAAUAACAACAACACCAACAAUAACACAAACCAUUUAUCCAGUAGUGCUUCCAACAGCAGUGCUUCGAGUAGCGAAGAUGAAGGAGAUCCCAAUGAUGAAGACAAUAUUGCAAACGAGCAGCAGCCACAGCAGCAACAACUGCAUGAGGCCCUUAAUGGGUCGCGCACUAUGCAUCCUCCCGAUGAUGAGGACAACAACAGCAACAGCAGUGCCAGCAGCUCAAGCUCCAGCAGCACUACCACCAAUGAGGAUACCAGAGGCAAUACAGGAGUAUCAACUGCUUGCAUUAAUAUUGGCAAUGCCAAUGGCAGCAAUGCUCAACCACCUCAUAACACUGAGAACUUGUUAAUAGCCGCCAUGGGCUCUGGCAAUGGGACACAACAGUCAGCUCAGCCUCAACUCCAAUCACCACCAAUAGCAAAGACAACAGCAACUUCAGCGUCGGCACAAUCGGCCUCGCAAUCAGGCCAACAGCACACCAACGACGGCAAUGCGCUGGAUGGCAGUGGCCCGAAUCUCAGUGGCUUAGCCUCUAGUCUGGCAGCCAAUGAAUCGAACAGCACCCCGCACUACAAUAAUAGUUGCAAUGUGAGUAGCUUGCUGGAGUCCACUCUGGCUGCUGCAGCCGCCGCCGCCACAAAUCACAGUCACAACAAUGGUCAUUCUAAUGCAAGUAACAGCAAUUGUAAUGAAAUGGUUCGGAGCAGCAGCAGUGCCAGUUUAAGCAACACCGGCAGUCAUGCUGGCCUUAGUGCCAUAGCUGGCCUUGGUAUUGGAGGGGGUGGCAGUGGAUCAGGACUAACAGGCAUCGGUGGCGGUUCCAAUAGUGGUGCUGGAGGCAUUGGAGGUGGUGGCGGAAGUGUUGCUGGUGGCAGUAGCCUUACUGGAGCACCUUCAUCGGGUGUCGGUGGUGGCACUAGUUUUGCUAAUUCAGCGGCAGAACGCAAGAAAUAUCGCCAUCAGAAUUUCAGCAAAAACAUCUACAUUGGCACCAAAAACGCUGAGAAAUGGGAAUACAUGCGAACGCGCCUUCAAUUCAAGAAUGACGUUGAGUUUGUGGCAUAUCUCCUCAAUUUGGCCGACAAUGAUACCGAGCGUUUGGCAAACUUACCACCCCCUUCGGCAUCGACCACACCAACGAAAUCAUUCGAUAGCAACUUCAAACUCGAACCCAAUCUUAGUGCCAAAGAAUUUGGAAGCAACAAUAGCCAGACUGGAGAAAAUGGUCCCCUCAGUCAGGCCAUAAGCAACAGCAGCCUGCCUAAUGCUGUCACCACACCAUGUGCCAGUAAUAGUGCGACGCCCAGUUUGGCUGGGGAUGCACCGCCGCCAACGAAACGCAAAUAUAAAAAACGUGUGCAGUUCAACGACAAUAUCAAUGGUUUGAACAAACUAAAGAAUUUUUCGAAUUUCGCCCUGAAAGCGAAAAAGCAGUUGACCGCUGCAGCGGUUAUUACCAAAACCGAAAACACCACGGGAGACAUGGUACCGGAAGUGUUGGACUGUCGUAUCGCCGAAAAAAUCAAGAGUGAGCUCGAAGAAAAAUCAGCAUCGAAGGAAUCGUUAGCCUUGUGUCUUAAGAAAGGUGAUGGCUUCGGUGGCGAUGAUGAGGAGGAGGAGGACGAAGACCUGGGCACAUCCUCGAUGACGGGGGAUGGGGUGGAUGGUAUAAAUAAUGGUUCUAUUUCUAAUUUCCAUGUGCGGGUCAAAGGUAAAAAGGGCACUAAGAAUAUGAAUCCACCUCCACCUGCUUCGUACAUGGACGAUGAUGAGGACUGUGGGGCUGGUCUUGAGGGCAGCGAGGACGAAGAAGAGGAUGAGGAAUUGGACGAAGAGGCUUUGGCUCGCGAAAUGAAGAAUGAACAGAAUUUUGUCGAAGAAGAAGAUGAGCUGGACAUUGCAUUCCGUUCGCAUCAAUCGUGUCGCGAGUGCUCUCUAGGUCACGACUACAAAGUUUGCCCCCUGCGUACAGCUAUAGGCACCGUAACGGAUGCCGUAGAUUUGGCCGAGUGGCUGGAAAGGAAAAAUCUCGAAGCUUUGGCUAAGCUCAAAGCCGAUGCACAACGCCAAGCCAAACACCUGCAUGGCGACGACGAUGAAGACAUGGACGAAACCUCACAACUCUCCGAACUCGAAACGAAGCCUCUGAUUACAUUUGCUGAGGCUUCCGUACCCGCAGAAUUUGAAUUGCACAACGUUGAGCCCCAUGUAACGGGGGUUUUUGCUCGCACCGAAGUGAGAGCCUUUACCAAGUUAGGACCUUUGAGGGGGCAAUCUGUGCAUUCAACCGAUAUACGCGAGGCUAGUGAUAUGAAAUGGAUCUUUGAGAUUUGUGAAGCCGGGGCAGAGAAAUCCCAAUUCUUGCUGUGCGAUAAUCCUAAUUCCUCGAAUUGGCUGCGCUACAUACGACCGGCACCCAGCUACGACGAGCGAAAUGUCAAUUUGGUCUUCAUAGAGUCACAGGCCUUUUUCGUCACUUGUAGAGAUAUCAAGAAUGGCAUGGAACUGCUGUACUGGAGCGAUGACUGCAACACCAUGUGGCGUAAGAAACAUUGGGCAGAGAAAACGAAUUGUGGUGGAUGUAAUUUGAAAUUCGACCAUCCCCUGUAUUAUCGCACUCACUGUUCCAUAUUCCAUGAUCCCACGAUGAGUCUGACAAUACGCAAAUAUCACUGCAAGGUGUGUGGCGAAGCCGUCCUCGGCAAGGAUAACAUUAUGAAGCACGCCGCCGAGAAGCAUGAUGGCAAGGGUGCCCAUCAAUGCCAGUUCUGCAACAAGUUCUUUUUGCGCAUCAGCUAUUUGGACAUGCACCGCACAUACGGAUGUGCGGCAAAUCCCAAUCGUACACGACCCAUUUGUGAUUUUUGUGGUCGCAAAUACUAUCGGCCCCAGAAACUCAAGACUCACAUUCGUCGAAUGCACAGUGGCUCGCGUGCAGCACUGCAGCGUCACAACAAGGAGGUGCAUAGUCGUAACUCGACUGUGGUCAGUUGUCCACGAUGCCAAAAACUUUUUCAGAAUCGUAGCAAUCUUAAGAUUCACAUGUUAACGCAUUCGGGAGUGAGACCUUUCAAGUGCGCUGAACCAGAGUGCAAUGCAGCCUUCACCACCAAGCAGUGUUUGCAGUUCCACUAUAAAAAGGUCCAUAACUACACCCAGGAACAAAUGCCCAAAAUUGAGCGAAGCGUGGCCUACACAUUCGAUGCGUAUUCGGGUGGUAUGAAAGUUGAUUUCCUCGAACAAGCACCUCGACGACGUCGCAAGAGUUUAGAGGACCAAAACUCUAUAAUGAGUUCCAGCAUUCAAAGUGAUGCCGAAUUCUCCGAUGACAAUAUUUUCGAGGCCAUCAAAAAGUCUGGAAAAUCGAUUAAAGAUCUCUGCCGCAAUGAGCCUAAUCUUUCGUUGUUGUCAUCAAAGAUUUCCAGCAUAUUCGGAGAGAAACCACCGCCUCGCAAACGUGGCCGCAAGCCUAAAGAUUUCCAUCUGAUAGAUGCCCAGGAGCAAGACCACAUGGAACAAAUGCGCCGCAAGCAAAAUGCUCAAUUAAGUUUAGUUGAAACCUUUCUGACCACCACAGCCCAGCGAUUGACUGCUCAGCAGCAAGUGCAGCAGGUGGUGGCGGCGGCUGCUGCUGUAUCCGCCAUGACUGGAGCGGCCAACGAAGAUCCCACUGGAAAAAUGCACAUGAUGCCAUCACUAAAUCCCCAGCACAUGGGCAUGGCUGCCCAUCACCACCACCACCAGCAGCAGCAACAACAACAACAGCAGCAAGGAGGGGUAGGAGGUGGAGUAAUGAGUCACGACGAGGACGAUGACGAAGAGGAUGACGAUGAUGAAGACCAGAGUAACCAUGGUCAUCAUGGCGGACCCCAGAUGACUCAUGACAAUAAUGGCUACCGCCACCACCCUGGCAUGAAUGCCAUGGGUCAGAAUUUGGUUGUGAGCAAAGGCAGCAAAAAAUGGAUAAGUGGCGAUGAUCGCCAUCUGGGCAGGGACUGUGCUGUGGGCGAAAUGUCAGCGACUGGCAUGAAUUCGAAUGCGAAUACUUGUGGCAUGGGCAGUGAAAACGAUCUGCCAUUGCCUCCAUUUGCUGUGCCUCAGAGUAAUCCAGAUACAGAUCCCACAAAAUUGAUGGGCUCAAAUCGGGAUUUCUUAUCUCGUCUCAUCAACUCCGCCAAUCCAAAUCACAAUCAUCACGGAGGUACUGCCCGCGAAGAAGAUGAAAACACUUCGUUCCUCGAUGUCGUCGAAUCGAAUAACGCGGCGGCGAGUAGUCAAAUGGCCCAAUACCACCACAAUGCCCACAGCAAUGCGGCGGCGGUGGAUGCUGCAGCCAAUGCUGCAGCAGCCUCCGUUGCAGCUUCCAAUGUCAAUGCCGGUCUAAACGGAGGCACAAGUCAAGACAACAAUCAGGACGAAGGUGACCAAAUGUCUAUGAGUUCUCUAACACAAUCCCAAGCGUUUAUGAGUUCUUUUUAUAAUAAUGCAAAUGCAAGACUGAGUGGCACUGCAACCGGAUCUUCUUCCUCGGCCAGCAUGCUGGUGGAGGCAGCCCUAAAUUCAGUUGGCAACAUGAUCGACAAUGAGAAUAAUGACAUGAAAGUACCCACCGAGAGUAACAUCAACACCGACAGCCCCAUGAGCUCACAUGUCGACAGCGAAGCGAAUCGCUUCACAGCCUCCAAUCCCAUGGACAAUCUGGAGAGUGAAUUGAAAAUGAUGAAAAAUCUCAAUAAUUUUCCAAUGCAAAUUCCCCCACUGCCAAUGUUUCCAAACGCAGGCAACAACCUCAACUCUUGUAACAUAUCGCCCAGUGCUUCAACACCAACGAAUCCGCGAAGCAAUCAAAACGAAGUGGAUGUAGACGCCGGCUCCACGCCAGGCGGCCAACACAUGGGCAAUUCAUCAGUCAAUGAAGCUGAUGGCUUUCCUGCUACCGCCCAGCAUCGAACACCACCGACACCGCAGCCCAUAUCACCGGGGCGUGACUAUGGCAUGUUUGGCAACAAUCCCGGAUCUAACGGCGGUACACCGGGUUGCCCAGGUACAGCGGGCAGCAACAGCAGUGCCAACAGUACGGGAGGCAACAGUAGCACGAAUAACAUAUCAGCCUCUUCACCGUUGCCCUCUGCUAUGGUACAUCGCCGUAAUGCUCCCAGUGUGGGUACUGUAUACCCAGAACACGAACUUAUUUCUCCGGCCUCGUCACCUUCCAUACCACGGUACAAUUUCAAUAAUGGCGAUGUUAUGCGGCACAAACAAAGAUCGGAUUCUGAAGCAGAUAGGCGUCACGUAUUGCCCACAGGCCACAAUCACCAUCAUCAUCUGUCGAGUGACGAGGAGAAUAGUAUAAUGCCACAAAACAGUGUCGGCCAGGACAUGCGAAUGAAAUUCCCACAGUCCCAGAUGGAUUUAAUGUAUUCGAAAUACGAAAGUUUGGCAAAUUCGACAGCUUUAAAAUAUAACAAUCAAAAUAUGGAUUCGCCUUCGGAGUAUCGUAAUACGAACUCUGCUGCCACUGCUGCUAGCUCAAAUGACAUUUCCGAUUUACAAGGCCUCGACAUGUCAUCCCGUUCCAAUGUGAGCGCAUCAAAUUAUCAUCACAACUUCCAAUUGCCCAGUAAUAGCUCAGCGAAUUUGACCGGCAUAGGUCGUUAUCAUCAUCACAUUUACGAUAUUUUAUCGGAACGUGAGCAGAAUCAGCAAUCGCAACAAAGCCAACAACACCAUUCGGCAUCGUCGGGCGGCUCAACUUCCUCGCAGCAUCAGCAACAGGAACAUCCUAGUCAGUUGGCCAUGCAGCAACAUCAGUCUGCCAUGCACAGUAUGCUGUCAGAUCAACUGAGUGAACAAGAUCAUGAUCAGGCCACUUCGGUGGAUUUAAGUCGCACCGCCAAUUAUGUUGUACCCUCGCCACCACAGUUGCCCUACAAUCAUCCGCACCAUGACAUGCUACGAAUGGCAUCAUUAGAUCUAACGCCAAACACAAAUAUGUCUGUGGGCAACAACCGAUCGUUCCUUUCCUCGCAAAUGCAACACCAAAGUCGAGAGAGUCUUGAACAUCACCGCCUGCUUUCGACGGUGGAACAACAUCGAAUUUUAGCUGCCUCGAAUGCGGCCGAUCAACAUCGUUUGUUGGUGGACCCUACCGCUCAUUUGCUAAUGGAACAAAAUAAUCGUCUGCUAGGAGGGCCGGAUCAGUCGAGAUUACUGGGAGAAUCGGCACAAAAUCGUCAUAUGGCUCGGGGUUUCGGUGCUUACCACCAGGUUGCAUCAAGUAAUUAUCAUCCAGGCGUAAGAGCACCCGUAUUGCCAAGCGCGAACCACCAUGCUUCCAAUCCCUCUAACUAUCAUCCAUUUCCGGCCUAUUAUUAGUUGAGGAUAUAAGAUGACAAUGUACUAUAACAAAAAUUGAGAUUUUCUAUCGAAGUACACUUAAAAAAAGCUUGUAAGAUAAAUUGGAAUGUGAGGACUUUGCACCUGUAUAUAUCGUAUGUAUGUCUAAAUCUGAACCGAUUCUUAGCAAUAUGAAUAGCGUUCGUCUUUCGAUUAGCGCUAUUGACAUAUGCAUAAUUCACUGUCAAAUCUCCUUGUUAGACAAAUCUCCUUUCCAAUAUGAAAUCAAGAAUCAGUUGGCAAACGAACCAAAUGUCAAAAAGUUUGCUUUUGACAUUUUAUGAAAUUCGACAACAACUGGCAACAACAUGUGGCUUUCAUUUUCCAUUGAAUAAAAUUUUCGAUCAUUAAGCUAAUCUGGAAAGAAAAGUUAACACAUCAUUGGAAAAAUGAUCUUCACCCUAACGGGCAAAUAAAAUUAGAAAAAUAAAAAAACGAGGCUAAGCCGGGCCGUGGUUUGAACCCACCACGUUCGAACAACAAUGAACGUUUGCCGUCGUCUUAGCGUUCUGGGCCGAUUCACAAAACCAUAUGCAUGCCCUGAAAGACAAUUGUAGGAGGUGGAAAAGAAAUCCACGUUGCAAUAAAACAAACGCACAUGCAUUGGAAAAGUGACACAGCCAGUAGGACAAAGUGUGCUGUAGAAUUCCAUACAGGUUCUUUUGCGUUUUUUCGAGAUAAAUACAACCAACCAAUGUACAACCUUUGAAACCCUCACAUCUAAAUAUUUCUGAUGGUGGGGAGUCAAAACGCGUCAAAUCAUGGUUGGUGUGGUGUAUCUCCUUUGAAACUUUUGCCAUUUGUCUGCUGUUAUUUAAAAUCAUUAAAAAAUUGUAAAAUUAUGGGAAAUGGAAAAAAAUUAUGCUAAUGAGAUGUGAAUGAGUAUAAUGCAUUUAUGAGCUUUUUUGGCUGCUUUCAAUUUUUUUACCAACAUAAAAGAGCAACAAAAUUUUUAUUGUUGUUUUAGCAAAAAAUCACUGCGUUCCCGGAUUUACUGCAGAUUUCCUGUUGUAGGAGCAAACUUUUGUGCUGCCAAAUCUUCUAUUGGGGUCUGAUUUCCAUUUUUUGCCGGAUAGUGCUCAAAAAUCUCUACAAUAAACUACUCCUUUUUAACAUUUUUGACCUCCAAACUGCAUAACUUUUAACUGAUUUAUCAGAUGCGGACUCUUUUUGCAGCAAAGCCAUUGUAAAUUUUGUCAUCACUCCAUAAUAUGCAUCAAAAUGAUGCCUUAGUUAAUCGCAAAACACUAAGCCGAUCUCGGCCAAAAUUCCCAAAAAAAUAAAAAUUUUAAGACGAAUAUCCCCAAAUCCAGGACAGAUAUUGUAGACAUCAAGCACUUCAUUUCGAUAACACCUCAGCUCCAACCAGUUUAAAUUUCUGAGUUAUCCGAACAGACAGAUUUUUUUAGUAGUUUUUUUCGAUUCUACCCCACAGUGUGACGCAAGAAUUUAACACGAGAUGGUGCGCAAAGAGUGCCUUUCAACACCAAUUUUGUACUUUGGGUCGUUGAGAUUCAAAAAAAAUUGUUGCAGAAAAAUUAACAACUUUCGUAGUUGUUUUUUCCACCAAAGUUGUUGUUUUUCAAAAUUAUUUUUAUCUGUGUACGGAUUUUGGUCGAAAUUCUACAUAGAAACAAGAAUUUAAUAAAAUUUUUCUAAGAAAAAAAUUUCAAUGCAAUUUUUUAAGAAAAAUGUCAAUGACAAUUUUUCUACAGCUUAAAUUUCUAUAAAAUUAUUUCUUAAGACAAAAGUUUUUAUUUCAAUGACAAUUUUUGUACAGCUUAAAUUUUAAUGAAAUUAUUUCUUAAGACAAAAGCUUUUAUCUUUUUUUUUAAUUACAUUUUUGUGAAAAAGUUAUAGAAAGUUUCUUUAACAACAACACAUCAAUAACAUUUUUUUCUAAAAACCAAUAUUUCGAUAAAAGUUUGUAAAGAAAAAAUUUAUCUGAAAUUUUGACAGUAUUUUUUUUCUAAUUUAGCUAUUUUUUAUUUUAUUUUAUUUAUUCAUCAAUAUUUCAAUAGAAUACAUUUUAAAGAUAUGAUAUAUCUUAAUGAAAACCCAAACUCGAUUUUUAUUUACGAAAUAUCGAUAAAUAAUUUAAAUAAAAAGCAAAAAGUCUUAGAGCUUGAAUUUGAAAACAGGAAAAUUGAAUACAACUGCCACUAAAUUUUUUUUUUAUUAUUUUAUUUUUUUUUUUUAAUUAUAAAAAAAAUUUAGAAUUUAAUUUUUUUUGCUUUGUCUUGGAGUCUAAGUCGUAAAAAUUAUCUCGACUCCGACUACGAGUCCAAGACUCCGACUCCGCAGCCCCGUUCAGAACGAUUUACUUGUAAACCAACAUCCCUUAUAUUAACCAAUAUUUACAAGUUUGCAUUAAGAAACUUCUUUCAAUAGAAAUUCGCAAUUAUCCUUAUUAGUCCUUUGCAAAUAUCCUCAAACAUAGUAAAAAAAAGUUAGAAUCGGUUAAAAAUGUCUGAUUGCAGUAUUUUUACUGCUGAUUGAUUUUCUUUAAAAAACUUAUAUAUUAAAGAAUUACUUUUAUCCGCAUAAUGAAUGAGUUAAUUUUUGUAAUGUUUGUCUUCUUAUUUGAAAAAUAUUGUUUGAAUGUUUUGUUAAAGAAAAUAAUGUAUGAAAAACAUUUAGAAAAUCUUAGUUCCUUUCUUUCAUACUCGUAUGUUAAUGUAUAUAGAAAGUCGCAUAAGAAACCCUAUAAUUUAUCGUUUUAUUCAUUGUGUUGUGCUCCAAGUAUAUGUACUUAUGUAAUGUAAAAUAUCACCAUUAAUAAAAAUACAUAAAUAAUUGAUAAGUUAUAAAAGAAUUUAUAUAUAAGAAAAUGAGUAUACAUAAAUAUUCUUAAAAAAAAAAAAAUAACAAACUGUGCCAAGUUAUUAAAGAAAUCGCUGAAAACGCUCCCAUUCCCCGCAGAGAGGAAUGAACUCAUGUAAAUUCCAAAAAUAGUUAUUAAGAAUAAGUGUAAUAAAAAAUUGGUAAAAAAAAUUAUACAACAAAUAAUAUAGCAUCAUAAUAGAAAUGUCUUCGUCUUAAUCCCAUAUAGAAAAAGAUUUCUUGCUUGAAUCUUGGGGACACCGUUUGAGUUGAAUACCUAUAGCUAUUUUUACACCAUGUAAAAUCUAAAAGCAAAAAAACGAAAAUUUACAAGUACAAAGAGAUCAUCCGGAAAAAAACAUCUAAAAGCUGUCACAAAAAACCCUUAAAUCCAAAUUCCCUUAAUAUUAGAAGAUAAAAUUGAAGAAACUGCACCAGGAUUUCACAUGGCGUGCAGCAGCCCAAAAACUACUGUAAAUUGAGCAAGACGCAAGACCGCCAAGUCCCAACGUAUUUGAAAAGGCUUAAUUUCAACAAAUAAAUUUGCGAUUUAUUUUGAACUCUUGGCAGCCAUAAACAGAUCAACAACACUCAUUUUUUUUUAAUUUUCAUUACACCCUCCAACAUUUAAUAGAAACUCAUGCGAGAUGACUUGAAGAGAUCAUUGCAAAUACGAUACGAUUAUAAAUAGCAGUAUACAUACUAUAUACAUAUAUGAUAAUCUGAGUAAAAUCAAUGGACACAGACUAAUGAAUAUUAAUUUAUUAAAGCAUAUUGCAUAUACUUAUAUAAAUAGUCA